GGGUUGGGAUUGGCCGCGCGCUGGGCCAAGGAGGCCUGGGAAGGGGCUAGGAAGGAGCUGGAGCAGGAAAAGCAGCGCCGAGGCGGCGGCGGUAGUGACGGCGGCUCCGAACCUCUGAGGGCAGGAUGCAGGUCCGCGUCGGACUGACGCUGCUGCUCUGCGCGGUGCUCCUGGGCUCGGCGGCCGCGUCCUCGGAUGAUGAAAGUGACCGGGAUGAAUCCUUAGAUUCCAAGAGCUCUUUGCCAACGGAUGAGUCGGUGAAGGACCACACCACCACAGGCAGAGUAGUCGCUGGCCAGAUAUUCCUUGAUUCAGAGGAAUCAGAAUUAGAAUCCCCCCUUCAAGAUGAGGAAGACAGCCUCAAGAUCCAGGAGGAGGUCAGUGUCACUGAAGAAGUCAGCUUUCUGGAAUCUGCAAGUCCAGACAGCAAGGACUAUGAAGAACCAAAGAAAGUACGGAAGCCAGUCUUGACUGCCAUUGAAGGCACAGCGCAUGGGGAGCCCUGCCACUUCCCUUUCCUUUUCCUGGAUAAGGAGUAUGAUGAGUGCACGUCAGAUGGGAGGGAAGAUGGCAGACUGUGGUGUGCCACAACCUAUGACUACAGGACAGAUGAGAAGUGGGGCUUCUGUGAAACUGAGGAAGAUGCAGCUAAGAGACGGCAGAUGCAGGAAGCUGAAGUGAUGUACCAGACCGGGAUGAAGAUUCUGAACGGAAGCAACAAGAAAAGCCAAAAGAGAGAAGCGUAUCGGUAUCUUCAGAAGGCCGCAAGCAUGAACCACACCAAAGCCCUGGAGAGAGUGUCCUAUGCUCUUUUGUUCGGUGAUUACCUCACACAGAAUGUCCAGGCAGCUAAAGAGAUGUUUGAGAAACUGACUGAGGAAGGCUCUCCAAAAGGACAGACUGCUCUUGGCUUUCUCUACGCCUCUGGACUUGGUGUUAAUUCAAGUCAGGCAAAGGCUCUUGUGUACUAUACUUUUGGAGCUCUUGGUGGCAAUCUGAUAGCCCAUAUGGUUUUGGGUUACCGGUACUGGGCUGGCAUUGGAGUCCUCCAGAGUUGUGAGUCAGCACUGACCCAUUAUCGCCUGGUUGCCAAUCAUGUUGCUAGUGAUAUCUCUCUAACUGGAGGUUCCGUAGUACAGAGAAUACGGCUGCCUGAUGAAGUGGAAAACCCAGGGAUGAACAGUGGGAUGCUGGAAGAAGAUUUGAUUCAGUAUUACCAGUUCCUAGCUGAGAAGGGUGAUGUCCAAGCACAGGUUGGUCUAGGACAGUUACAUCUUCACGGAGGGCGUGGAGUGGAACAGAAUCACCAGAGAGCAUUUGACUAUUUCACUUUAGCAGCAAAUGCUGGGAAUUCACAUGCUAUGGCCUUCCUGGGAAAGAUGUAUUCUGAGGGGAGUGACAUCGUGCCUCAGAGCAAUGAGACAGCUCUUCACUACUUCAAGAAAGCUGCUGACAUGGGCAACCCAGUUGGACAGAGCGGGCUUGGAAUGGCCUACCUCUACGGGAGAGGAGUUCAAGUUAAUUAUGACCUGGCAUUGAAGUAUUUCCAGAAAGCUGCUGAACAAGGCUGGGUGGAUGGGCAGCUCCAGCUUGGUUCAAUGUACUAUAAUGGCAUUGGAGUCAAGAGAGAUUAUAAACAGGCCUUGAAGUAUUUUAAUUUAGCUUCCCAAGGAGGUCAUAUCUUGGCUUUCUAUAACCUAGCGCAGAUGCAUGCCAGCGGCACAGGGGUGAUGCGAUCCUGUCAUACUGCGGUGGAGUUGUUUAAGAAUGUGUGUGAGCGAGGUCGUUGGUCUGAGAGGCUUAUGACUGCCUAUAACAGCUAUAAAGACGGUGACUACAAUGCUGCAGUAAUCCAGUACCUCCUGCUGGCUGAACAGGGCUAUGAAGUGGCACAAAGCAAUGCAGCCUUCAUCCUUGAUCAGAGAGAAGCGACCAUUGUAGGUGAGAAUGAAACCUACCCCAGAGCUUUGCUGCACUGGAACAGGGCCGCCUCACAGGGUUAUACUGUGGCUAGAAUUAAGCUUGGAGACUACCAUUUCUAUGGAUUUGGCACUGAUGUGGACUACGAGACUGCCUUUAUUCAUUAUCGUCUGGCUUCUGAGCAGCAGCAUAGUGCCCAAGCCAUGUUUAACCUGGGGUAUAUGCAUGAAAAGGGACUAGGCAUCAAACAGGAUAUUCACCUUGCAAAACGCUUUUAUGACAUGGCAGCUGAGGCCAGCCCUGAUGCACAAGUACCUGUUUUCCUGGCACUCUGCAAAUUGGGUGUCGUCUAUUUCUUGCAGUACAUACGGGAAGCAAAUAUUAGAGAUCUAUUCACCCAACUGGAUAUGGACCAGCUUUUGGGACCUGAGUGGGACCUUUACCUCAUGACCAUCAUCGCACUGCUGUUGGGCACAGUCAUAGCUUACAGGCAGAGGCAGCACCAGGACAUGCCUGUCCCCAGGCCUCCAGGGCCACGGCCAGCUCCUCCCCAGCAGGAAGGACCACCAGAGCAGCAGCCACCACAGUAGUAGCCACCUGGCCAGCUGGGUCCAUGACCACUAAGGAACUCGGUUGCUGAGAACACUUGGAUUUGAUGAAGGACUGUGGAUGGUGGCCAGCUCCUGGAAGAGGCUCCAGGAAGCAUUGAAUUCCUAAAGCUGCUUAGAAUCUGAUGCCUUUAUUUUCAGGGACAAGUAACUGUUACCUAAGCUAAGUUGAAUGUUUGUUUCAGUGCCAUGUGGAAUAACAGCUCUCAGUGGCUUUCCCUCCUUUUUUCUUUCCUUCCUUCCUUCUUUCCUUCUCCCUUCCUUCCUUCCUCCUUCCCUUUUUUCUGGAAGCAUAUAGGAGACACUCUGAUAUGUGCUAUUCCCAACUGUCUUUCUUGGGUCCUUUUCAUCUUUUCAUUGCCCACAAGUUCUCCUAUCAGCUGUCUUUAACAUCCCGUGCAUUGACACUAAAAACUGACCAAAUUGGAAAAACCUAGUUAACUGCAAGUUUAACCCUCAACAUGCUUAAGUCUGAAAAUAGAACUUGCUUUUUACGUUUCAGAAAAAAAAAAAAGAUGUCUACGAAGUGUUUUGGAACUGCAAUAACUGAACAAAUUUAGCAGUCUACAUGCAUUUUUUAUUUUAAAAGCAAUUGUCUCAAGGUCUCUUAAAUUGGUGACUGUGACACUUCAUACCAUACUUCUUCAAAGACUGAAAGGCUUUGUUAAAGAAUUCUGUGUGAACUUCACUUCCUUGUAAUGGAAUAGAAACAAAACUUGAUGGACUGACAUCUUGCACUAACAUAAGAAUUCGCCCCCACCUACUCAUUGUAAUUUGCCUGUUUGCGUAUACAGAGUCUUGAUCCAGAAGCCAGGGGAUGGACUAAAUGGAGAAAGAGAAAACAGUCUUAAAAGACUUUGGAGGGAUCAUAGAGACACUUUCCCAAAAGCUGAAACACUUGGUUCCCAGGUUUUAUUGUACUUUGCGUUUCUUACUGCACAGAGAACAAAUAACCUUCCUGAACUCUUCAAAUAUGAAAUACUGUUGUCCGGACAUGGGAGGCAGUGACAACUCUUAGAAUACUAAAACUCAGAGAGUUGAGGAUGGAUUACACCCUGUGAUUGGCAGGAGCCAGUGUCUGUGUGCACCACUCUGUGUUCCGGUAGCUUUUUCUUUCUGACAGUUUUAUGUGGCCAUAGCUGUCACAUUCACCACCAUUCUGUUGUUAAUGUUAGAAAAUUCAAGACUAUUACACUUGAGAAUUUCCUGCUUAAAUAGAUGAAAAGACCAGCAGUUGAGAACUUUACAUAAUCACCCAAAUGAAAGAAUUCAAACCUGAACUGAACUUUUAUUGUUUGCAAUCAUCCAGUGGUAGUGUUCACCAGCCUGUAUCCAGUCAGUGAGUGGACAACAGCCUAUUUAUACUCACUUUACACUUUUCUUCCAUAAGCCAUCAUCUGCCAGGAAACUUAGGUUUUUUACUUGUAGAGUUGUAAUGCUUUGGGUUUUAAUGUUGGGAUUGUAAUUAGAAUUAGAUUUAAUUAAUCUAAAAUGAAUAUGAAGGUUUAAGUGUGAAGUUGUGUACUUUUGUGUGUGUGCUUACAGUAUUAUGGGAAACUUGGUAAGCAAACUUUCCUCCCAGACAAUUCACCUCCCAGUUUGAAGAGGUGGUCAUGGAGAGGACCAUGCAUAUAAAAGUGUAGCUUUGAGAGGUAGCAGAUAUUCCUCUCAAAAAUGUAAGGUUGCUUUGGGAGCACAUGUAAAUAUUAAAGCUUGUUCUGUGUCUUAGAGUGCGGGUGGUACAGUAAGUUGGUGCCUUUGCUGCUGACACUGCCCCAACCCUGCCCCCGGCAGAGUAAGUAUAAUCCAUGGUAGCAGCCGCUCUCUGUUUAGAAGACACUGUUUUAAUUUAUUUAGAAAUUAACAGGAACUGGGUGCAUGGCAUGUCCCAGAUACUUGAGGGACUGAAGCAGAAGAUGACUUUAGCCCCAGAGCCCAAGACCAGCCCAGGCAACUCAAUGAGACCCAGUCUCUAAAAAAACAAAUAAAAAGUUGGAAACCUAAGAUGACUAUGACUUCUAUGUUUUCCCUCUGCCGUCCACCUGAAACCUCCUUGGGCGGCAUUUUUACAUAUGUCUCUUCUUCCCGCGUGGAGUACUUGGAGAAAAUAAUUUUUAAAAUAACACACACUGCCUAAGGCUAGAUGGGAAAGUGUGUCAUUCUCUGUGUAGCAAGCUUCCUGUCACCUUGCCCCUUGCUGUCCUUUCCAUUAGUGACACCGCAGGUGUCUUUUUCGUGGUUUGUUCCCACCCUCUAUUCUCACCCUGGGUCCUUCACUACCAGAAAUCUGAACCGUAUGUUUUAUUAAACAAUUCAGUUCUUAACGGUUUCUUUCAAAGACCAUCUCAAGAUAUUUUGUUCCUUUUUUCCUACUGUUCAAGGGACAUGGUACCCAAGCAAAUAGAAAUUGGGUUUGGUAUUUCUCUUUAAAAAUAAUGCACAAUACUUACCUAAUCAAAUGGCAUCCAUUUGAAUAAAAUGGCAAUAAAGCUAGUUAAUGUCAGUGACAUUAAGCCAACUCCGGGAUUCGGGAGUUUUAGCAUUAGGACUAGAUGUACCAGGUGGAGCGUGGCUGUCUUGCUCCCUGUGGCCCGCUCUGCUGCUGCCCUUGGUGGUCUGGCUUGCAACCUGCCAAGCCGGACAGCGGCACUCUAUUUGGCUGCUGUUGUCUUGCGCACCUGCCUGGUUGGUUAUCCAACUAUUUCAGAGUCUUGAGACCACUCAUUUCUGUCAUAUUUUACAAAGGUGGCAUUGGUAGGGUUUUGUGUUUGAAGUUUUUGUUUCUGUUUUGUGGGUUCUCUUGGUUACUAGCUGAUGGCACACACACACACACACACACACACACACACACACAAAAAAAAAAAAACAAAAAAAACAAAAACCCUAAAUCAAAGACUACUUUUUCAAAUCAAAAUUCAUUAACACUCAAACCAGAUUCAUGUCAAAGUACAAGUCCUUAGUCUUGAUAUCUUGAAGCUGUGCCACCCUUCUGCACAGAAGGUUAAUUUCUGAGCAUUUUCCACUAAACUCUCUUGUUCCUGUACCGUCGGGAAGCAUAAGAAACCUCUUCUUCCAGCAAUAUGGUGAUUGAGUGCUCUGCGUGUAGAAUUUGGGGUUUUGUUCUGCUGGUUGCUUGGUUUUUUUCCUCUCUUCUCUGUUCCCCUGUUCAGUGUUUGGGAAGUAGGCAUGGAGGCCUCCCAAUGAAAACCUCAGCUCUUCAUGUGUGUACCACGUGUACAAGUGUCCAGUUGCAUCUGCAAAACCUUCACAGAGGUUUGGACUAGCAUUUUACAUGUACAUUUCAUAACAGUGCAGCCUGUGUUUCCUUCAGUGAGAGCAGGAUGUAUGUAAGAAAUACUCAGCAAAAGAAAACCUUUCCAAAAUGUUUUCAUCAGUUACUGCUCAAAUAUGAGUGAAAACGUAAAUUUUCUGUGCACCGUAUUGUCUGGAGCAUAUUGUCUGGUUUUUAAGUGGGCUGUGUGCUUUGAAGAGAAGCUGAAUGAACCCAUCCACUUGGUAUUUCAAGAAAAUUUAAAAUAACACCAAAUAGCAAUGAUUUGUAUCUUAAAGAGACCAUUUAUACAAAUAAAAAUCUGAUUUUGUAUACAUAAGAAGGGUCCUUUGGUUAUGUGCAGGGGAUCAUUCAGCUCUGCUGUUUUUACUAUUUAUCGACAAGCAAUCUGACACUAUAACUCCUUUAUUUAAAAACAAUGUUAUAUGAUCAAAGUGUGACCACUAUAAAUAUUUAGGAGGGGAAGUUUUAAAAGACCAUAACCUGGCAUUGUGAAGGAACACCACAGUAAACUUUUUUGUAAAUUUAUUUUGUAUUUAAUGAAAUGCAGUAUAAAGGCUGGUGAAAUGUAUUAUAAUUGUGUAAACAAAUCCUGUUAAUAGAGAGAUGUACAGAUUCGUUUUGUACUGUAUCUUGAAUCUUAUGAAAUAAAGAUCCCACCUCUGGUUAA